AUGCUCAUUCUGUUUGGAAUCAUUCUUUUCUUGGUGAGAUUAUGGUUUGUUUUGCCUCGUCAUGACAACCUCAUUUCCAAGAAAAGAACAGGCCACUGUAAGACAUGUAUCAUCUUAGGCUCUGGAGGACAUACAACUGAAAUGAUGCAACUCGUAAAGGGCUUAGACCUUACACGAUACACACCAAGAUGUUAUGUGAUUGCAGAUAACGAUCGAUUAAGUGAAGAGAAAGCAAGAGAAUAUGAACAAGAAAUGAAAAAGGGUACCUUUUUUAUAAGCAAGAUACCAAGAGCAAGAAGAGUAGGUCAACCUAUCAAGACAGUACCAUGGACCAUGUUGUAUUCCUUAUUCAAAUCCAGUCAAGUCUUUUUGGGUACUCUGAUACCUGAUUUGAUAUUAUGUAAUGGACCUGGUAGCUGUUUACCCAUCUGUAUACUAGCUUAUAUUCCAAGGUUACUCGGGAUCAAAAGGAUUGACAUCAUCUAUGUUGAAUCGUUUGCACGCGUCCAUUCUUUAUCUGUGACUGGCAAAUUGCUCUACCCAUUUGCGGAUCAAUUCUUGGUUCAAUGGCCUGAGCUUGUUUCUCGAUAUCCAAAAGCAAUUUAUCAAGGUGUAUUGGUUUAA